AUGAGAAUAAUAUCGCUCUCUCCAUUUCUCCUCGUCGUCCUUCUGAUCGUCCUGUCCCCAUGCGAAUCCUCGAACAAUGUGAUCGAGAAAACGUGCAGGAAGACCACGAACUACGCCUUGUGCGUCUCGACUCUCAAGUCGGACCCUCGGAGUGCCACGGCAGACCCUGCGGGGCUCGCCAGCAUAACUCUAGACGUCCUCCUCCCUAAGGCGAACGCAACGUUCACAUACACCCUCAAGCUCUUUGAGUCGGUGAGCGGGGGCACCAGCUUGUACCGGUUUUAUGGGACCUGCGUGGACGUCUACGGAAACAUAGUCGCGAGCCAUAUCCCAAAUGCAUUGAGCGAGUUGGCAGCGAGGAAGUUCUCCGAUGCCCGGGGCGAUGCAGCCAUGGUGGGGAACAAUGCGGCAUUUUGCGAGGAGCAGUUUGGGGGGCGCAACCCUCUCACACCAGGGAACAACGAGGUGCACGACCUCGCUACUGUGGCUGCUGAUAUAAUCGGGUCGUUGGGUUGAUUUCUCAA